AUGUCGCGGCAGCGGCCACACUUUCGCCUGUACCUGCACUGGGCACGGCCGCGCCGGAAUCUGCCCCUCAACCUACGCCGGCACCUGGCUCGAGCUCAGAAGCGGCCACACUUGCGCCCGCGGCUACACCUGCACUGGGCACGGCCGCGCCGGGAUCUACCCCACAACCUACGCAACCACCCGGCUCGGGUUCAGAAGAGUCCCGCCUCCAUCAACGCUCAUCACUGCUAUUCCGCUGUUCGUCUGGACAAAGAAGGCGCAUCGAUGGUGGGCGUUGUAGUCGGCGCUGUGGCCGGCGCGCUGGCGUUAGGAGCACUUGGAUUCUUCCUAGGUCGCCGACGGACCGCGAAGAGCACGGACCCCGACCCGCCGGCCCCUCCUUCCAACGGUGGGACAGCGUGGAGCACGGCCGGGGUGAACAGCACCAGCAACGGCAGCAGGACACCCACUCCAAUCAGGGGAAAAGAUACUCGGGGCCCGCCACCUGCUACCCAGAAAGACUCAUCCCCGCCGCCGGCGACACCGUAUGUGCAUGAUGGUGCACACCAGCGUGAUGCUCUGCCUCCGCCAUCCCCAAAAAGGCAUGACGGCAGUGCGCGGCCACACCACGAACGAUAG